GCACUACAGACACAUAUGACAGUGUUUACCCACGUAAAUAGGCAUAAAUUCACAAAUAUCGCACGUGUGCCCCCUCGGCGGAGUGGACGAGUCCAGCGAGUUUGACUGAGGGUUUCCGCAUCGCGCGAGACGCUUGUCAGUGCUCAAGUGAGCAGCGGCGCUCCUCGUAACGAUGGCAGACACACAGGCCGAUCCCGCCGCGCAGUCGGAGCUGAUGGAUGAGGACGAGCCCUUCUUCAGUAACCUGGACGUCUUACUCUUCUCGCUCAUCGCUGGCCUGCUCAUCUACUGGCUGAUUUUCCGCAAAAAAACCGAGCCCAUCCCGGAGUUCAAAAAAAUAGAGUCUAUGCCUCAAACAACCAGAGAAACCAGUUUUAUUGACAAAAUGAAGAAAACGGGCAAGAACAUCGUGGUGUUUUACGGCUCACAGACGGGCACGGCUGAAGAGUUUGCCAACAGACUCGCAAAAGAUGCUCAUCGCUACGGCAUGAAGGGAAUGGCAGCGGAUCCAGAGGAAUAUGACUUGAGCGAGCUCUCCCGUCUGACUGAGAUUGAGAACUCGAUAGCGAUCUUCUGCAUGGCCACGUAUGGAGAGGGAGACCCGACCGAUAACGCUCAGGACUUCUACGACUGGUUACAGGAGGGCGAUGCCGACUUCAGUGGAGUUAAAUAUACAGUGUUUGCACUGGGAAAUAAGACGUAUGAGCACUAUAACGCCAUGGGGAAGUAUGUGGACAAGAGGCUGUCUGAGCUGGGAGCGCAGCGGAUCUUUGAUCUGGGGAUGGGAGACGAUGACGGAAAUCUCGAGGAGGACUUUGUGUCGUGGAGGGAGCAGUUCUGGCCGGCUGUGUGUGAACACUUUGGAGUCGAAGCGACGGGAGAAGAGUCCAGCAUCCGUCAGUAUGAGCUGAAGGUACACAGCGAUCUGAACAUGAAUAAGAUCUACACUGGAGAGCUGGGUCGCCUCAAGAGCUUCGAGAACCAGAAGCCGCCCUUCGAUUCAAAGAACCCUUUCCUGGCUCCGGUCACUGUGAACCGCAAGCUCAAUCAGGCCGGAGACAGACACCUGAUGCACCUGGAGCUGGACAUCACAGGCUCCAAAAUCAGGUAUGAAUCAGGGGACCAUGUGGCUGUGUAUCCCAUCAAUGACAGCGUCAUAGUCACCAGGAUCGGUGAUCUCCUCGGUGUGGACCUCGACGCGGUCAUCUCGCUCAACAACCUCGACGAGGAGUCCAAUAAGAAGCAUCCGUUCCCCUGUCCCACCACGUACCGCACCGCUCUGACGCACUAUCUGGACAUCACCAAUUCUCCGCGCACAAACGUGCUUUAUGAGCUGGCGCAGUACGCCACCGAGCCCAAAGAUCAGGAGAACAUGAGGAAGAUGGCCUCCUCCUCGCCUGAGGGCAAAGCGUUGUACCAGAGCUGGGUGCUGGACUCGUGUAGGAAUAUUUUGGCUAUUCUGGAGGAUUUGCCGUCUCUGCGGCCACCCAUCGAUCACCUCUGUGAGCUCCUGCCUCGACUGCAGGCCCGCUACUACUCCAUCGCAUCCUCCUCAAAGGUUCAUCCCAACAGCAUCCACAUCUGUGCUGUAGUGGUGGAGUACGAGACCAAGACGGGCCGGGUCAACAAAGGAGUCGCCACUAACUGGCUGAAGAGCAAGAUGCCAACCGACAACGGACACAAGGCCACGGUGCCUAUGUACAUCCGCAAGUCUCAGUUCCGCCUGCCCUUCAAGUCCACAAACCCGGUGAUCAUGAUCGGCCCGGGCACUGGCAUCGCCCCUUUCAUGGGCUUCAUUCAGGAGCGCGGUUGGCUCAAAGAACAAGGUAAAGACGUUGGAGAGACGGUGUUGUACUAUGGCUGCCGUUACAAGAACGAGGACUUCUUGUACCAAGAGGAACUGGAGGAGUUUGAGAAGACUGCCAUUCUGACGGCACUCAAUGUAGCUUUCUCCAGAGACCAGGCAGAGAAGGUGUACGUGCAGCAUCUGCUGAAGAAGAACAAGGAGACCGUCUGGAGGCUGGUUCACACAGACAACGCUCACAUCUACAUCUGCGGAGACGCGCGUAACAUGGCUCGCGACGUCCAGAACGCCUUCUACGAGAUCGCAGAGGAGCUGGGAGGAAUGAGCCGCACUCAGGCGGUGGAUUACAUCAAGAAACUCAUGACUAAAGGACGCUACUCACAGGACGUCUGGAGCUAAACCAGCUCGCCGCCUUCCCCUUCUGUACAUUCCUGAUGUGUGCUUCUAUAGGGAUGAGUCUAUCAUCCUCCAGAAAGAAAACACUGACACACGCGACCUCAUUCGUUAGAGAAAGAAAUCCUGUGUAGAAUCAUGAUCUUAACCUACUAAUCAAAUACAUAUGCAUGAAACUUUAUAAUCAAAAAUACGGUAAUUUUUAGCAUCCGCCAAACACAGUGUGUUCAGAGCUGGAUUAAUGCUGUAGCGGUACUUUGUAAGCAUGAAGAGACUUAAACUCACUGUUAUUGUUAUGAACUGGAUGAAAGUGGUUUUAAACAUGCAAAGAAUCCGAUUCUUGGAGGAGUAUGAUGAAGAAUUGACUGGUUUCUGAGUGUUUUCUGUGAAGUUUUUCUCAGUCUUCAACUUUUCAGUUUAGUUCUCUGAAGUAAACGCAUCUGAAUGUCUACAUUUUUCCUGUCACACUUUUUUAGUAUUAUUAUAAUGGCUGAAUAUGAAUGUAAGCUCAUUUCAAACUGGAUGACCCUCACAGAUUUCAUUAUUCUGUAAUUAAUGAGUUAAUUUCUCAUCAUUUCAUAAUUUCUCAUAAUCUCAUAUUCUGUGGUAACGUGUGUGUGUGUGUGUGUGUGUGUGAGAUGUUGAGACGCAGACAAGGGAACAGAUGCUGGUCUGGAAGCUCUAGUGCCUUAUUUAAUGUCUCGUUUGCAUUAGCGGAAGACUACUUGGACAGGAGUUCACUAUUUGGGAAAAGAAUAGAAAAAUAUAUAGUAAUAGUUUUUUUUUUUUCUCUCUCCUUUUUUACAAAAUCACAGUUUCACAUGCAUCUGUUGUUUCCAAUGCAUACAGCUAUUUAGGCAUAUUUGUAAUGAUUAAAUAUAAAUUUAACAUCA